UUGUCAUUCAUUCCGUCAUAUCGCAUCGACCGAGGUGGUUGUAAAAUUAAAAAGAGGAAAAUGUUCGAAAAGUAGAAUAAUGUAAAUUGAAUUACUAACAUGAAUGUUAACAUCCUUAUAAGAUUAAGCGUGCUGUUGUUGGUCUCAUGACCAUUUAGUAUUCAGCUGCCAUACAGAUAAAUCGUAUAAAUGGGUGACGUUCUGAGCAUAUUUUCUGUGAUAAUUAUGAAAUUUAAAUCUAAGUUCAAUGAAAGUAAAAUUUAUUUUCACUAUGAUCUUCCGUGGGAGAGGCUGAACUCCGUGAAGUGGAUGAAUGAGAAGGCCACCUCGAACAGGGCUUACGUGCCCACGACGGUGGAGAAUGUAGCAAACGUGUGUACGCACGCACUAUGCGUUGCGCCUGCAUCGUUGGGUGCGCGGGAGUUGCUCACGCGGUCUGUGAACGCGCCACAAGCGAUCGCUGCCGUCGUCUAUGGACUCGCACUAUGCUUGCUGUUCGCGGUGUCCACAACCUUCCAUUCCGUGUGUUGUUGCAGAUCCGAAACUAAAAUGAAACACUUCCUGCACCGUUGCGACCGGGCGAUGAUUUACAUAUUCAUCGCGAGUUCCUACUUCCCGUGGCUGACUGUCGGCACCCUCUCGUGCUGGAUGCUGCGGGAGCUGCGCUGGGUGAUCUGGCUGCUCGCCGUCCUCGGCAUCACCUACCAGCAGAUCUUCCACGAGAGGUACAAGAUGCUGGAGCUUCUGCUCUACCUCGUCAUGGGACUGGGACCGGCGGCCAUCAUUGUCACGUCGAAUCACCAGUUCCCGGCGAUGUACGACCUGAAGCUGGGCGGCAUCCUGUACCUGGUGGGCGUGUUCUUCUUCAAGUCGGACGGCCGCAUCCCCUUCGCGCACGCCAUCUGGCACGUGUUCGUCGCGUUGGCCGCCUCCGUACACUACCUUGCCAUCCUUAGACACCUCUUCCCAGAACUCAAAUCUCAUUGAAGACUGCCCAUUUAACCUAUUGAAUCUCCAUUAUUAGAGCUCUCUAAAGCUAUUUUUGUAUCCUAACUCGAUAACAAGGCCGGAGAUUAAAUAAUUCAGCCGACAAUCGUCUGGACCUCGGACGAUACGGUAUUGCAGCUGUGAUCUUCGGCUUUGUAAUGUCAUUUACUUCGUAAUGUGUGCGUGAGUCUUUGUGUAGAGAUUCGGACUAAGCUGUAUACUAGAAUGUUCCGCGACGUCGAUCGCAACCUAUAAAUAUUUCCUAUGUGUUCGUGUGGCGGGCUAGACUGCCAUAAGCGAUAAGUAAUUACAGCUGAACUCGCAUUUUUUGGUAGGGUGAGCAACUUAAUCGAGGUCAUCAUGGAAUUUUAAUAAUAAUGUAUUCGUUUUAUGAAACUCUCCCAUUGGGUUCCGGUCAAUCAAUAACUUCGGUCUAGGAAAGACGAAGAUCCAAAUCGACUCUACAUUUCGCGAUGUGACAUUUAUUUCUGUUGUUUGCGGUAGCUUAUUUGCAUGGGUGGCCAGACACACCGCCGCCAUGGUAAUUUCGCAUGCAGGUACAUUAUCAUGCUGUAUAAAUACGGCUCAAGUCGCUCGAGUCGUGGACGUAAUGCCCCAUCGUAUACUGUUACGUAGCUUCCGGCCUCUCCACGCGCCGGAGCAAUCAAUAUUGUCACAUCAAGGUUACAUCUAGCAGACUAAGACUGUGUAUAAUACUCUUCUUAUGUAUUAAUCGUAAGAUAACUUUGAGAGUGACAUUGGUUUAGUGACAUCUUUGACUUGAGUAAAGACGAGAAUUAAAGAUCUUGUUUUGAAAUUGAACACAAUUGUUAUGAAUUUGUUCCGAGCAAUUGUUUUUCAAAAUUAGAGGGUAUUGUACAACAGGCUUUAGAAAAAUUCAAACAUUCGAAUUCUAGCAAGCUCAUAUAGCAGCUCUUGCGUCAUGUAGAGUUAUUCAGCAAGCGAGUAAUCACCUAAUCAAUCGAUAAAUUCGUCAGGAAAUUGCGAAGGAACCGUAUCGAGUUACCGCACGCCCACAUUCUCGACACAUAUCGCGUGGACGACCCGUAAAAGUUAGGAACUGGAGAGCUGUGUGGGUCGCUCGAGUAACUCGAUUCAAACUUUGCAAUCACUUCUCAGCAACCCUAUUCCAUUCAUAUGCGGUAUACAGUCUUUAUGUAUGAAGUUAUAAAUAUUGUAGUUUCAUAGAAUCCGAAACCAAUUUAAAGUUUUAAAGGGCAGUUCUUCAAUUAAUAAGUUCCUAAGUCUUUGCAAUUUCAAUCGAACAGGUUCACCUUCACCUUGUUAUUUGUUAACGUUAAAUUUCCGGUUGCUACCUUCUAUAUAGAGGUUUAAAUUUAUAACUCCGAAGACUUGGGUACUUUCGACGAAAUAUUUGGCGAUCUUUAUUUUGGACUUGUGGAAUGAGUAGACCGUAAAUAGUGAAAAUCUAUUCUCCUAAUUUUAAAAUAAGGAUUUAAUAAAAAAGUUCUAAAUAAAUAUUUUGUCAUACCAGCGAGGGCAUACUAUUUAGAUGUCAUAACUGCUUUGGGUGUAUUGUUAUUCUGUAUGAGAUGUAAGGAGCUCACUUGUUGUUCGGCAAUCUGUAGCAAUUAAUAGCAACUGUAGAGAUACAAGUAUUUAUUAGAUGAAAGCAAUUAGCAGCAUGAACCACGUUCGGCCAAACUAACUACAAAUAAUGGUAAAUGUGUGUAUAUUUUGUAAAAUAUUGUUGAACUUAUUGUACUAUUGUUGUAGUGUUUGUAGUCGAAUCUCAGAAUCUCGAGACCAAUCCAACCCUUUUUAGAGUAACUAUUUAAAAUCGUAUUGAAGGUUUUUAGAUACGUUUAUACCUAUUAACUUAUUAUACUUAUACGAAAUCCAGUUUUUUCAGCGAAAUCUUUUAUACACCUCAAUGUGAAUUUUCCCCUAGCAUUAGUUAUAGUGUAGCUAGUUGAAUGUAUAUACCAUCUUGUGUCUACGGAAUAGGAUUUUAAAAAUUUUAACAUCUUCAAAGUAAUAUAUUUAUUUCAUUUUAAAUUAUUUGUAUAUCCCAAUUUAGAUUUUUUAAGGAUUGCUCAAUCGUUCGUGUGACUAGGUAAUAUUUUGCCAGACUUCCAAAGGUUUUCACUAGAAUUUAAUAGCUGAACACCGUUCGUAGUAAUAAUGAUAGUUGGGAAUGUGUGAGGCAUGGUGUUGGCACCCGCCGAGCGCGUUGUUCCCGCUCGCCGGCGAUAGCUAAACAAUCGAGUCUGUUCGGGAAUUGGGCCGGCUCCAUACUGAGACAGUCGCGACUCGUGUGUUCAUCUGGGACUGAGGGAAUUCUAUACUUCAGACCUUUAACCUAGUUAGACUUUAAUACUGUUGCAAAACUCCUGCAUUCAUAUUUUUAAAUGUGUGUAUUCCUAAAUAUGUUUUAACUAAGUAUCAAUAUGAUGUUUGACAGUGUCACAUGAUUUAAGUGCUAUAUUUCGAUUGUAAAAUCAUUCUAGUCAUUGUAUUUGCUACAAACUUUUAUAAUGUAGUAUAAACAAAUUAAUUUUAUUGCAGUUCGGAAACAGUCGCGUAGUUAAAACAUUAAUAUCAAACUCGAUUUUAAAUCUAACGGUAUAUAACGGGGCUCAAGAAACGUGGGCAUACGUGACUUCGUCAUUUUAGCGAAUUGGUUGAGAGUAGAAUCAUGAAAACCGGUAGCCAAGGUUUAUCACAGGGUAAUAAUCAAAUAUUAUCAAUCUUACUCUAUUCCAUGAAUGCACAAAAACAAAAAUUAUUAAUUCAAAUAUUACUCCACUACGAUUAGUAGGUACGAAAAACUAAAUUAUUUUAAAUUAGGGAGAAGGUAUUUUGAUUUUAGAUAAGCGGUAUCGGGUAGAGCUGUAACGAUGCCUAGUUAUCAUUGAUGAGAAUUCCUCUGAAGUGCAAAGUAUUUGUAAGUAGGGAAGGGUAGCUUCAGACGGUGUUGUAGGUAUCUGUAAUGUCUCGUUAUUAGGGUCCUAUUGCUAAAUACGUACGAUCGAGACAAUUUUCUGUAGUCAUUUAAUAGUGUUCACCUAUCAGGGCGGCAGUACCUAUAUGUAAUACUCGUCGCCCACCGCUACAAGCCAAAUGCAUGUAUAUUUUCCUAUUACGAUUGUGAAGAGUUACCUGUAGCUGUAAGAGUGGAUAUUGUUGUAACAACUGCGUGACUCAAGUCUUCCCGAGAUGCCAUCGGUGGGUCUUCGAAAUUAUUAUUAUUAACAUUCCUUUUUUUCUAAAUAUAGGAAAGUUAUUAAACUUUCCGCAAUCGUCUUCCUGGCGUACCUUUUUUUAUUUUUCAACCACCUUGAGUCGCAAAUUCCUCUAUUUUAAAUAUCAUGUAAAUAAAGUACCUAUCUUAUUAUGCGUAUUUAAUGAAAUCUUGACUGCGGAUGUUUCUGUAUAAAAAUAUAUUCUUUAGCUAAACAUACAAUAUGACUUUCAGCUAGUAUUGGCCAUUUUUAUAAUAUCCUACUGUUAGAAAAUUGUGCCCGUAUUAUAUUCACUUAUUCAAGAAUUAUGACGUCAAUAUAAUAAUAGUAGGAUUUUUGUGUAAUAUUCGUAAAAUUAAACGUUUUUUGUUAAAUUAACUUUCGCAAAUGCGUCCAUAAUACAGUAUUCAAUGAUAUCGAUGAAUCUUGUAGUAGUGAAUCGAUAAAAUAUAUUGAAAUUCCAGCACUCAAACCUUGUAGGAUAUAAUAAGUUAAUUAAUGUUGACGAAACGUAUCAUAAAUAAGUGUUGUGUGAAUGGACGCGUAUGCGAAAGUGUUCUUGUUGUCGUACGAUGUUUAAUGUGAUGUAAUGUGUAUUGUUGUAGAUGGUAAGAUAAUACAAGCAUCAGAUUCAUUAUACCUUUCAGGCAGGCAAUGUACGAGACAACUGGGUUUAUAUUUCAUAGCAAAUAACUGUUAUUUCUUGAGUUAUUUAAACAAAUCGUCUUGAUUUAAGUUGGUUUGCCAAUGCGCUUUGAAUAGCCGCUUAAUACCAUUAUUCUUACGGUACAAUAAUAAUGACUAUGGCGGCUAUAAAAAAAUCACCACCUAUGUGCUCAAUGGCGGGAGAUGCGUAUCAUUUUAAAGGGAUUGCGGGUUCAUAUCCUACGCUAAAUAUACGAUAAAUAUCUAAACAGAUGUUGCGUUACUUAAAUUAUGAACAUCCAUAUUUUUAUCCAGUUGUUUAGUACGCUGCCUGCCUUACAUAUUCCCAGUGACUAUACUGUAUAGUUUUUCUAUCAAAUGAAAAUAGUGUUAUGAACAUAAAAGUUACCUUUGAUAUUGGACCCUGGUAUAGUUUUGUAGAGGUUUUUGGGAACUCAAUAAAUAAUAAUUUUACAAACA